CCGGCGAGGCUGGGAUGAAGACUUUCACCGCCACAUUGUGUCCAGCAUGGCGGAGGGCAAGGCGGAACUGCUGAAGGCUGACAUCCUCAAGCUCUGUGACUGCCACGAGAUGGACGCGGCCGGCCUGACGCCCCUCCACCGCGCGGCGCAGCGCGGGCUGUCCCCGGAUAUGGUCAGCGAGCUGCUGCACCUGGGCGUGAGCCCCCACGUGCUGACCCCCGACGGCAUGACCCCCGCUGACCUGGCACGGCGGGCAGGGCACGAGGAGGUGCUGGCGGUGCUGACCAAGCACCAGUGUGGAGAGUCUCCUUCGUCGCCGGAGGAACUGCAGAACGAGCUGUUUACUCUCAUCAUUCAAGGCGACCACGUGCAGAAGGUGUCCCGCCUGCUGUGUAAGGGUGUCCCCAUCGAGCCCAUCGCCAGUGACGGCAACUCCCCUCUCAGACUGGCCGUGAUUCUUGACCGCUGCCGGACGGUCAACCUGCUGCUGGCGAGCGGCGCGAUGCUUCCUGCCUGCCUGCUGCAGGAUGCCUGGCAGAGCCCCGAUGUGACCUCCGGGGUGCUCGCCACCCUCGAAGUCAAUUACUUGUGUCGGCUGCGGGCGGAACGUGGCCGCUUGGACUCCAGCGGGCAGAGUGAGGAACGCCGUCAUCUCUUUAUAAAGGGCAUUGACGACAUCCUGAAGACUAUCGAGGGUGAUACCCCUUGGCAGGCCGCGUGGCCCAAGGACAAGCCGAAGGCACUCAGCGCCCUCAUGGUGGAGGCUGUGCACGCCAAGUGUCCCGUGACCGCGGCCUUCCUGCACCGGGCCGGCGCGUGGUCCUUCCUCAGCGGGGAUAGGGGGGCCAGUGCCUUGGCCACCGCGCUGGAGGAGGGCCACAAGGGCAUGGCCGAGCUGCUGGUCAAGCACCUGGGAACCAGCAUCUACUCCGACGUUCAUCUUCUGAACCGCAUAAAACCCGAGGAGCGGCGGCGGCUGGAGCAGUAUCAGUACAAAAAGGAAAAGUCGUUGCUGGAGGAUUUGAAUAUUCGCGAGAAGUCGGAGCGCGGGAAGAAGGAGGUGCUUCAGGCUCAGCACCUGCAGAAGGAGCUGUACGAAAGCCACGAGGGCCAUGAACGGCUCCAGCUUGAUGUCGGAUGCAGCGUCCUGAAGCUGUCUGUCAGGAAAGGCCUCCUGCAGCUCGCGUACCUGGUGGUGCAGGUGGGCCGCUUCCCGGUUGAUGAGAUUCUCGACAACAUUUGCGACACCACCGCUCUCCACGAGGCCGCCUCCCACGGCAAGGCUUCCUGCGUCGCGAUGCUGCUCGACGUCGGUGCAAAUCCUCUUCAAUGUGACAGGUACGACCAGACGCCCCGCCACCUGGCCGCCAUGUUCGGCCACAAGAGCACCGAGCAGCUGCUGGCACUACACGAGGCGCAUAAACUCCCCUGCCGUGCGGGCACCACCGCCGACCAGGCAAGUUUCAACUAUGACACCUACCUCAAGAGCUACGAGAAGCUUGGCUGCAAGGAACGCGACUCCCUGUCGCCUAUUGACCACCACGACCCAGAGCGAGUCACGUGCAAGCUCAUGGAGGCCAUCGGAGUCCAGGAGCUGUGGGAGAAGGCAAGUGAUAUCCGUGUUGAUUUUUCAGGUGGCGAGGCCCUCGAGGUGAAGGCGGCAGUGAUGAAGGAGCUGCAGUCCAUCGCCGAGAAGAUUGGAGAGAAAGAAAGCCUGUACAAGAGUGACCUUAGGCUGGUGGGCAGCUCAGAAGAUGGGUCAAAAAUAUACUGCCCCGACGAGUUCGACGUCAACCUUGUUAUUACAAGGAAAGACGUCGAAGUCGGGGUGGAAAAGACGCCGGAAGAACAGGUGGCAUCAAAAGGUAAGUAUAAAUUGGUACUGGCCCACGCGCCAGGUCUUGAUGGAAACAUUGUGAUGGACAAGCUGUUCCUUCUCCUGCAAAAGUGUCUCGUAAAGCACACACUGCAGGACAAAAGGCUGAGCUUCGUUCCGCCCUGCCUGAGCAGCACGCAGGUGGGCGUGGCCCUCGACCUGGCCUGGCAGGGGAAGGAGUUUCCCCUCCUCCUGGUCGGUGUGGACCUCGUGCCCGUACUGGAGCUGCCAUGGCAUGACGCAAUAGCAAAACCAAAGCUCAUGAAAGACAAACCCAAAACAUUCCAUGUCAGCAAUACUGCUGACGGGUCGUAA